GAAAAAUGGUAAGGAAAAUAAACUAACAGUCAAAUCAUAGUAUGUGCCAGCAAUGAUAUAACUAAAUGCAUAGAUCUAACAGCAAUAGUUACGACAUUCAUUUAAUGUAGCGAUCGAUGCCGAUAAUACCGAAAACCAGCUGUAUAAGCGAGCUAAUAGCAAUUCUAGGCCGAGCUGCGUUCUUAUUGAACAACUAAGAAAUAAUAAAAUGUUUCGCUCCAAAAUCCGGAUACAUACCUGUCAGGUAAUUUUACUUACUUCACUCGUGUGGUUCCUCGUUGAUGUUAUAGUGCUCAUGUUCUAUUCGGACUGCAUAAACGGUUCUGGUUGGAAUUGCCAAGGUUUCGAUUCAGCGCGCGUGAAACGACAGCAACACCUAUUACUUGUUAAUGAAAACGAGCAACGAACGGAAGAAAUUUCGCAACAAUAUCAGCAGCAUAUAAUAGACACAAGAACCUUUAAAUUUGGAGAACUUAAACUUUGGAGACCUGCCAAAGUCGUGCGUGAAAAUAAAGAUAGCCCAGGUGAAAUGGGCAAGGCUGUACAUAUACCCACCGAACAAGAAGCAAUGCAGCAAGAGCUAUUUAAACUUAACCAAUUUAAUCUAAUGGCAAGUGACAUGAUAUCGCUUAAUAGAUCACUUAAGGAUGUAAGACUUGUUGGUUGUAAAAUAAAAAAAUACCCUAAACUUUUACCUGACACCAGUAUCGUCAUCGUAUUUCAUAAUGAAGCCUGGAGCACACUAUUGAGAACAGUUUGGUCAGUUAUAAAUCGUUCGCCAAGAGCUUUACUCAAAGAAAUUAUUCUUGUGGAUGACGCCAGCGAGCGUAAUCACCUAAAACAAGAUCUCGAAGACUAUGUUGAAACUCUUCCUGUACCUACAUAUGUAUAUAGAACGGAAAAACGUUCAGGACUUAUUAGAGCUAGAUUACUAGGUGCAAAACAUGUAAAAGGUAAAGUGAUUACAUUCUUAGAUGCUCAUUGUGAGUGUACAGAAGGUUGGUUAGAGCCUUUACUAUCUAGGAUUGCCUACGAUAAAAAAACAGUAGUUUGUCCGAUCAUUGAUGUUAUCAGUGACGAAACAUUUGAAUACAUAACAGCUAGCGAUAUGACGUGGGGUGGUUUCAAUUGGAAAUUAAAUUUUAGAUGGUAUAGGGUAGCUCAAAGAGAAAUGAAUAGACGAAAUGGCGAUAGAACAGCUCCUUUGCGAACUCCAACAAUGGCAGGCGGAUUAUUUUCGAUUGAUAAAGAUUAUUUUUAUGAAUUAGGAGCUUAUGAUGAAGGUAUGGACAUUUGGGGAGGAGAAAAUCUCGAAAUGAGUUUUCGGGUUUGGCAAUGCGGUGGUAUUUUAGAAAUCAGUCCAUGUUCCCAUGUGGGACAUGUUUUUCGAGACAAAAGCCCUUACACAUUUCCUGGUGGUGUCAGCAAAAUUGUCUUACACAACGCAGCCAGAGUAGCUGAAGUCUGGAUGGAUGAGUGGAGAGACUUUUACUAUGCCAUGAAUCCAGGUGCCCGUAGUGUUCCAGUGGGAGAUGUUUCAGAACGUAUCAAAUUAAGAGAACAACUCAAAUGUAAGAGCUUCAGGUGGUAUUUAGAAAAUAUAUAUCCAGAAUCUCCAAUGCCCUUGGAUUAUUACUAUUUAGGUGAUAUAAGAAAUGCUGACAGUCAUACUUCAGAAAAGGUUCAGAACCAUUGCCUUGAUACAAUGGGUAGAAGAACUAAUGAAAAUGUAGGAAUGAAUUAUUGUCAUGGUCUUGGUGGUAAUCAAAUAUUUGCUUAUACAAAACGACAGCAAAUUAUGUCUGAUGAUGUAUGUUUGGAUGCUUCAAGUCCGGAAGGACCAGUAAAAAUUGUUCGUUGCCAUGGAAUGGGAGGAAAUCAAGUAUGGACUUACAAUGAAAAGACGAAGAUGAUUAAACAUGUCAACACAAAAUAUUGUCUUACUAAACCUCGUUUGAAUGACACACCACAACCCAUUUUGGCACAAUGCGAUACAACGGCCAUCGAACAAAAAUGGAUUAUGCAAAGCAAAUUUAAAUGGCAAGCCAGCUAAUAUCUUGUGAUUAAUCAAAGGAGUUUUUUCAAUUUCUUUGGUUAAAAGAAUAUUUUUUUCACCUUUCAAAAAGUAAAUUCAAAUUUAAUUAGUAUACGCGUUACGUUGUGCCUGAAUGAAACUAUUUUAAAAACUAGUCUUGAUUCAUUUUCCAAUUUCAUAUUAUCAUC